AGCUUUUGAGCUCGGACUGCUCGGGGACGAAGGCCAGGCCGGGCCUCUUGGUCAUCAGCUUGGCGUAGACGGCCUCGUCGGGCUGGACGCGCACCACCAGCUCGUUGCGGGCGCAGCGGGCGUUGAAGAUGUCCCCGGGGACCUCGCGGAACUGCAGCCGCACCUCGGCCUUGCGCUCGUUCAGCGCCUUCCCGCAGCGCAGCACGAAGGGCACCCCUGCGUCACCAUCAUCAUCAUCGUCAUCAUCAUCACCGUCAUCGUCAUCAUCAUCAGCAUCAUCAUCAACACCAUCAACGUCAACACCAUCAACGUCAUCAUCAACACCAUCCAUCAUCCACCAUCAACAUCAUCACCAUCAACGCCAUCAUUAACACCAUCAUCAUCAUUGACACCAUCAACACCAUCAUCAUCGUCAUCAUCAUCAUCAUCAUCGCCAUCAUCAUCAUCAUCAACACCAUCAUCAGCAUCAUCAUCAUCGUUAGCACCAUCAUCAUCAUCAUCAGCAUCAUCAGCAUCGUCAUCAUCAUCAUCGUCAUCAUCAGCAGCAUCAUCGUCAUCAUUAGCACCAUCAUCAUCGUCAUCAUCGUCAUCAUCAUCAUCAGCAGCAGCAGCAUCAUCGUCAGCAUCAUCGUCAUCAUCAUCGUCAUCAACACCAUCAACGCCAUCAUCCAAUGUCACCAUCAUCAUCAUCAGCAGUAUCAUCACCAUCAUCAUCAACACCAUCAUUAACACCAUCAUCAUCAUCAUCUCAACAUCACCAUCAUCAUCAAAGUCACCAUUCAAUAUCAUCAACGUCAUCACCAUCAUCAUCAGCAUCACCAUCAUCGUCAUCAGCAUCCUCAUCAUCACCAUCAUCAUCACCAUCGUCCAACAUCACCAUCAUCAUCACCACCAUCAUCAUCAUCCUUCUCCUCAUCAUCAUCACCAUCAUCAUCCAACAUCAUCCAUCAACCUUCUCUUCAUCACCUUCAUCAUCAUCACCAGCAUCACCUCCUCAUCAUCACCUUCAUCAUCAUCACCAGCAUCACCACCAUCAUCAUCUCCACCAUCAACUUCAUCAUCAUCCUCAUCACCAGCACCAACCUCAUCUUCAUCUCCAUCACCACCAUCACCAACCUCAUCAUCACCAGCAUCACCGCCACCAUCACCAUCAUCUCCACCAUCAUCAACCUCACCAUCAUCCUCAUCACCAGCACCAACCUCAUCUUCAUCACCAUCACCACCACCAGCACCAACCUCAUCUUCAUCUCCAUCACCACCAUCACCAACCUCAUCAUCACCAGCAUCACCGCCACCAUCACCAUCAUCUCCACCAUCAUCAACCUCACCAUCAUCCUCAUCACCAGCACCAACCUCCAUCACCGCCACCAUCACCAUCAUCUCCACCAUCAUCAACCUCACCAUCAUCCUCAUCACCAGCACCAACCUCAUCUUCAUCACCAUCACCACCACCAGCACCAACCUCAUCUUCAUCUCCAUCACCACCAUCACCAACCUCAUCAUCACCAGCAUCACCGCCACCAUCACCAUCAUCUCCACCAUCAUCAACCUCACCAUCAUCCUCAUCACCAGCACCAACCUCAUCUUCAUCACCAUCACCACGCGGGCCCUCGGGGUUGCCCAC